AUGAAAUCAAUAUUAUUAUUAAUUUGUAUUAUUUUAUGCAGUACUAUUUAUAUCUCCAAUGCAGACUAUUUAGAAUAUAGAAAAGUUCAUUUAGUUGAUAAAACAGAGCCACUACCAAACGGGAAUGUAAAUUAUAUAUUUAGAGGAAAUGAACCAAAGGUCAAUAUCAAUGGAACCAACUACUUUGCAUACGAAGAAUUAAUCAAUUGUUUAGUCAAUAACAGCUAUAGCUUAGGUGUCAAAUUACGACCAUCAUUUAGCAAAACAUUCUUUAAUGCAAACCCAGAAUAUGGUCAAUUUAAUACCAACAUCACAUUAGGUGAUUUAAUUGACCCAAAUUUUGUACCAGAAAAAGAGUUAGAAAAGUGGGGCUAUAGAAUUCCAUUCUACCAUGAAAUUUUAAAUACUCAACACGAUUUACCAGUGGUGAAUGCGGUUGUGAUAGAACUGUAUCUCAAUUACUCAUUUAAACAAGCCAUGGAAUGGGAUUAUAGUGUUGCUGGUCGUAGAAUUAUGAUUAACCAUCAAUGGGCCGCACAAUGGUAUUGUUAUUAUCUUAAAUACGCUGAAAAUCAAGACAUUGAUUGCACAUCUCCACCACUUUUCCUUUAA